UGUUUGUCUGUCUGUCUAGCUGUCUGUCUGUUUUUUCUGUCUGUCUGUCUAGCUGUCUGUCUGUUUGUUUGUCUGUCUGUCUGUCUGUCUGUCUGGCUAGCUAACCAUCUGGUUAGUGUAGAUGAGCUGAGGGCACAUAAACCAAGGCAGAGGAUAGACAUUAAGAUUAAGUUUUAAAGAGCUGACUGUAUUUAAGACCAGUGCGUGCAGUGCAGAAUGCUGGACUGUGGAAACAGGUCUCAAGGGUAAGCUGGACGACAAACAUUGGUUAUGACCUGCCACUUAAAUGGAAGAGGAUUGGCCAUCAGGCUGGCUUCUAAUCCCAUAUCCAGAGAGGCAGAGAGGAGCAUCAGCUUUACUCACAGACUGUGUAUGUCCUGACACAGCCUACAGUAACUCCGGACACUCUACAGGUAAAACUAUCUUCUCUCACCCCUCUAAUUCAUAAAUAUCACUAAUCUGAGCUUGAAUGUAAAUGUUUUUCUUGAGAGAACAAAGGAAAAUUGAAGAUUAAGGAAUUCCAUUGACUGAUACUGCACAUAUAAAUCACUGGUUUAUAUUUCAACAAGCAUCAUUUGUGCUGACUCCAUCUGGAUUUUGUAAUCAGAAACGGUGUGAAGAUGGCAAGCUCAUUCACCAAGAUGUUCUCGGGCCGAACAACUGGCUUACUCAUGGCAAGUCUAGGGGCUGGCGCCAUGGCUACCGGUUACUUGAUGAGUUACAAUGGCACUAUCUCCGCAGAGCAGAGAAGGAAACUCUACCCUCCCAGUGCUGACUUUCCUGACCUUCGCAAGCACAACAACUGUAUGGCCGGUGCACUGACCCCUGCCAUCUAUGCCAAGCUGAGGGACAAGGUCACCCCAAACAACUGGACUCUUGACCAGUGCAUCCAGACUGGUGUAGACAACCCCGGUCAUCCCUUCAUCAAGACAGUGGGGAUGGUUGCUGGUGAUGAGGAGAGCUAUGAGUUGUUUGCUGAAAUCUUUGAUCCAGUAAUCAAGGACAGACACAACGGCUAUGACCCAAAAACCAUGAAGCAUCCAACUGACCUUGAUGCCUCCAAGAUCACAUCAGGCAUGUUUGACGAGCGCUACGUCCUGUCCUCCCGCGUGCGCACUGGCCGCAGCAUCCGUGGCCUCAGUCUGCCCCCCGCCUGCAGCCGCUCCGAGCGUCGUGAGGUGGAGAGGGUGGUGAACCAAGCCUUGGCUGGACUAAAAGGAGAUCUUACUGGGCGUUACUACAGCCUCACUGAAAUGACUGAAAAUGAGCAGCAGAGACUCAUCGAUGAACAUUUUCUCUUUGACAAGCCUGUGUCUACCCUGCUCACUGCAGCUGGGAUGGCCAGGGACUGGCCUGAUGCUCGUGGGAUCUGGCACAACAACGAGAAGACCUUCUUAAUAUGGGUCAAUGAAGAAGACCACACCCGUGUCAUCUCCAUGGAGAAGGGUGGCAAUAUGAAGAGCGUGUUUGAGAGGUUCUGCCGAGGUCUCAAACAGGUGGAACAACUGAUUCAGGAGAGAGGCUGGGAGUUCAUGUGGAAUGAACAUCUUGGCUACAUCCUGACCUGCCCAUCAAAUCUGGGUACCGGUCUCAGAGCUGGAGUGCAUGUCCGCUUGCCAAAGCUCAGCAAGGACCCUCGGUUUGGCAAGAUCCUGGAUAACUUGCGGUUGCAGAAGCGUGGCACUGGUGGAGUGGACACCGCUGCUGUGGGCGACAUCUUUGACAUCUCAAACCUUGACCGCCUGGGAAAAUCUGAGGUGGAACUGGUGCAGUGUGUAAUUGAUGGUGUCAACUACCUCAUCGAAUGUGAGAAGAGAUUGGAGAAGGGCCAGGAUAUCAAGAUCCCUGCACCCGUCCAACAGUUCAGGAAGUGAGCAACGCUCCUCUGCUAAAGACUGGACCCAGUACAGCAGUUAAGCAUGGAGACGCCUUCCACCAAUCCCAAAAACAGAAGGUCUUAUGUAAACACAAAGCUCAAUAAAAUGAACAC